UUCGGUCCAGACCACGCCUGUGCGGUCUGGUUUGGUCUGGUCCAGAUAGACCACACUCAACGAAAAAUGAAUAAUUUGUUUAGUCAACCACACAAAAAAUUGAACCAAUAACCAGGAAAAAUCAUUGUUAUUUGCCUUAAAUCAUUAAUCCUAACAUGCAUGAAUAAUUUUGAUACUCUAAAUCUUAGUACAUACCAAAGAUACAGAGUAAAAGCAUCCCAACUUGCACCAUAACGUCAUAAACAUUAACAUAAUGUCAUAUGGAGACACGAUUAUCUCUGCUCUUUAGUUAAAUGUGGUUGUGAAUUAAGGAGGGACGAGAUUCACAAAACUAAGGUUGAGACUUGAGUGUCGUUGUGGGAGUUGGGAGAGUGGUCGAAUGGGCUGUUAACAUGUAUUUACAAGUCAGUUGGGUCCACGGUUUGGUCCGAUAAACCGCGGUCUAGACCAUGGACCAGACCAAGAGAUCAAAACAUAAAAUAGUACAGACCAUGGACCAGACCAGACCAUAUUUAACGGUCUAUGGUCCGGACCAAACUGUGCAAUACGGUUUGGACCACGGUUUUUCUAACGAUCUGGUCUAUUUUCCCGCCCUAAUGAAGCCAUUAUCCACUGAUUUGGAUUCGUUAGGGAGGAAGAACAGAGGGGGGAAAAGACAAAAGCAAGAGCAAAUGGGUGGGUCCCGCCCAUUUCAUUCACCGGACACGGUGGCUCUGAUCCUUCAGCCAAUCAAAAUCACGGAAGAUGAGUUUUCAUGGCAAAGCAUAACUUUUUCGCCACUAUCCUUUUUUUCGUUUUGUGUAGAUCGAUACCUACUCCUCCUUUCCACUCACUCAGUCUCAGGCCGCCGCCGUCCCCAAAACCCUGAUCGCCGUCGCUGCUUCCCUUUAUCUCCUCUGCAAUUCCAAUUUCUCCGCGUCAUCACACCCUUUUCAUCGAUUCGAAAAAGGAUGAGCAGCAACGGGGAUCACGGCAGCGAAUUGGAGGCGCAGUACAUCGGGAUGCACCACCGCCACCAGCCGGCGGAGAAUCAGUGUUCUUCUAACCUCGUCGUCCACAUCAAAGCCCCAGUCGAUAUCGUGUGGUCUUUGGUGAGGCGAUUCGACGAGCCGCAGACGUACAAACCGUUCAUCAGCAGGUGUACAAUGAACGGAGAGGUCGGGAUCGGGAGUCUGAGGCAGGUGAAUGUGAGAUCUGGCCUCCCUGCAACCACGAGCACCGAGAGAUUGGAAGUUUUCGAUGACGAGGAGCAUAUUCUAGGGAUCAAGAUCGUCGAUGGUGAUCACAGGCUCAGGAAUUACUCCUCUGUCAUAACGGUCCAUCCCGAGGUUAUCGAUGGAAGGCCAGGGACAUUAGUCGUCGAGUCUUUCGUGGUGGAUGUGCCUCAGGGGAACACCAAGGAGGAUACAUGCUAUUUCGUGAGGGCUCUUAUCAAGUGCAAUCUCAGAUCUUUGGCCGAGAUCUCCGAGAGGAUGGCUGUGUCCCGACCUGGACUUGACUGAGCCAACUGUUGAUUCGCAGACCCGGCUGUGGCGGUUUAGGGAGAACAAGGGGAGUACUACCAUUAAAAAAGUCUGAUACUUGGAAGUGAAGUGGAGGGACUAGGAAGCAUUCAUGGAUGUAUGAAUACCAGUAGGCAGGUAUAUGUAGUGACUGCAGUCGUCGUUGGUCUUUCCAUAGUCUUUCCCAAGCCGUCUUGUGUAGGCGGUUUUGAUGUGCUCUUUUCCCUCCUUGUUUCUGCUGGUUUUGGUUUUGGUUGGCUUUUGCUGUGCUCCUGGAAUGUAAAUUGUGGUCUUCAUCAUCAUACCUGUAAAAUAUGGUUUACCUCUAUUCUUGCUGCUACCAGACGCAGAGACAGACGAAUACAGUGGAGAAACGUAA